UGAAUAAUAAUAUUUCAUCAAAAAUUUUAAUUACUUUAAUUCCAAUAAUUUCUAUUUUAAUAAAUAAUUCAAUUAAUGCAGGCAACCAUAGAUUGUGGACAAGACGAAAUCCCGAAGGAAUGCGGAUGUGAUGGAACCUGUGACAAUCCCGAUCCAAUAUGUAUUCAGAGUUGCGAGAAAGAGCCGAAAUGUUUAUGUAAAGAAGGAUUUGUUAGGGAUGGAAAUAAUGAUUGUAUUAGAAAAAGUGGAUGUCCUUAA